AUGACAUAUCCUCCAUUCAGAUUAGAAGCCUCUCUUACCAGCCAUGAGCAAGAUGUGAGAGCGGUAGCUGCCAUGUCAAAUGAUGUGCUUAUUUCAGCUGCUCGUGAUAAGACUGUGCGUUCAUGGACUCGCACCAGUCCAAAUGCAUUUGCUCCUCAUCACAUUUAUCUAGGACACGGCCAUUUUGUAAACGCAUUGGCAUUGAUCAAGCCAAAUCAGGCCUAUCCUGAAGGCUUGAUCGUAUCUGGUGGAUCUGACAAGUUUAUCAAUGUCUAUGAUCCCAAUCAACCUGCUGAACCUCGAUACACACUCAUUGGCCAUAGCGAGAAUGUCAGUGCUUUGGCAACAACUCCUUCUGGAUAUAUUGUAUCUGGUUCCUGGGACAACAAAGCAAUUGUGUGGAAAGAGUUUCAACAAGCCUAUGUGCUUGAAGGCCAUACUGCUUCUGUUUGGGCCGUGCUGGCUAUUGAAGACGAUUUGAUUUUGACAGCUUCUGCUGAUAAAUCGAUUCGUUUGUGGAGAAAUGGAAAGUUGGUUCAUGUCUAUCAAGGUCAUACUGAAGCUGUGAGAGGACUUGCAUUGGUACCCAGCGUUGGAUUCGUAUCAUGCUCAAAUGACGGCACAUUGAGAGUUUGGACUUUGGAAGGAGAAUGCAUUCAGCAAUUAGAUGGCCACACAUCGUUUGUCUAUUCUGUCGACGUUUUAAGCACAGGCGAAUUUGUGUCUGCUGGUGAGGAUCGUACAGUGCGCAUUUGGAAAGAUGGAAACAACAUUCAAACAUUGCAACAGCCUUGUGUGUCUGUAUGGACUGUUGCUGCUCUGCCUAAUAACGAUAUUGUUGUUGGUGGUAGUGAUUCUGCUGUUCGCAUCUUUACUCGCAGCGAUGAACGUAUGGCUGUUGCUGAGAAGCAAAAAGAAUUCGAUGAUUUAUUAGCAAGCCAAGCUAUACCCUCUAACCAAAUUGGUGAUGUAGAAAAGGACAAGUUGCCUGGUCCCGAAGCAUUGCAAUCAGCCGGUAAAAAGGAAGGUCAAGUCAUCAUGAUCAAUAUGGGCGUUACAGUAGAAGCACAUCAGUGGAGUGCUCAGAGUCAAAGCUGGCAAAAGAUUGGCGAAGUUGUGGGCAGUAACAAAUCAAAAGCAACAUUUGAAGGAAAAGAGUAUGACUAUGUAUUUGAUAUUGAUGUCGGUGCUGGUCCCAACGGCAACCUCAAACUUCCAUACAACGUAUCUGAAAACCCCUAUGAUGCUGCCCAGAAAUUUCUGUUGAAAUAUCAACUCGAUCAAUCCUUUUUGGAUCAGGUAGCUGAUUUCAUCAUCAAGAAUGCUGAAGGCGUCAACUUGGGUGGUGGAUACCAAGACCCAUUUACUGGUGGAAGUAGAUACACCCCUCAAUCGAGUCAACCUACUAUCGGUCAAGCAUACAUGGACCCUUUCACUGGUGGUGGAUCUUAUCGUCCUGGUGCUACGAACGCUGCAUCUGGACCCGGUGCUGCUACUUAUUCGGAUCCUUUCACUGGCGGCGGUUCCUACCGACCUGCUGGCAGUGCUCCUGUUGCUCCACCAGCAGCAGCAGCAGCAUCACCAUCAUUGCAACAAGCCAAAGUGUUGCCUAUUAAAUCCUACUUGACACUGAAACAAGCAAACGCUGAAGCCGUUGUCAACAAAAUCCGCUCCCUCAACGCUGACAUUGCUAGCGAGAUCCAACUUUCAAGUGAAGAACUAGACGCCUUGAACGCUUCAGCUUUAUAUCUCAAGAACCCUGCCGCUUCAAGGGUGAGUGCAAAUGGAGGCGACGCUGGACUGCUGGCUAUCGUCAAGAUGGCAACACACUGGCCUCAAGACAAACGAUUCCCUGCACUGGAUUUGAUACGUUUGUUUGCACUCUAUGCACCUGAGGAUUUGGCCUCCGCUGUACCUGAAAGAAAUGUGCCUGCUUUCUUGAUGAAAUCAGGUGGUUUGUCUGUGGACGAGAGUGUACCCUUCAACGAAACCAAUGCCAUGUUGGCUUAUCGUGGCCUAGCCAAUCUCUUCAACCAAGAAACAGGCCGUCAAUUGAUCUGGGAAAGACGAAACAUUGUAGCUGAUAUGAUGUCGGUAGAUGUCUCUGGCAAAUUCAGGGGCAAGAACGCUCGUUUAGCGCAAAGUACAUUGGCUGUCAACUUUGCCGUCUUACUUGCUAGUAAGAAUGAAGGUGAAACCGAACUUGGAUUUACUGGCACUUUAAUGGAGUUAUUAAAGGAUGAGCAGGAUGAUGAGAAUUUGUAUAGAUUUGUCAUGGCUUUUGGCACGUUGAUUUCCCAGUCGAGUGCUUGUCGUGAAGUGGGGAAUAUCAUGGAAGCCAAGACUGAAAUUAGACGUAUUCAAUCACAAAAGGCUGGACAGGAACGUAUGCAGAAGGCCACUGCUGAAAUCCUUCAGAUCUUGGCGUGA